UGUGCAGCAGUUAUCUGGCCUGCCAUGGUGGGCCACUAUCAUUUGCAGUACUAUCGCAAUAAGGGCAGUGAUUACUCUUCCUCUAGCUGCAUAUCAGCUCUACGUUAUUGCCAAGAUUGAGAAUUUGCAGCCCGAAAUUGAAAACCUUGCCAAACAUCUUCGUUAUGAAGUGUCAUUUCAUGCAAAGCAACAGGGCUGGUCUGAAAAACUUGCUCGCUAUUCAGACAGAUCUUGCAGUUGGCGGCACUCUUUGGUUUCCUAACCUGACAUUACCUGAUUCCACCUGGAUACUGCCAGUUUCUUUGGGACUGAUCAACCUUCUCAUUGUAGAAAUGUCCACACUGAGAAAAGCCGAACUUUCAAAAUACCAGAAGUAUACUACAAACUUCAUACGGGGAAUUUCACUUGUAAUGAUUCCAAUUGCUGCUGGAGUACCUACAUCCAUGUCCCUUUAUUGGUUUACUUCUAGCUUUGUUGGUGUGGGACAGAAUUUGCUGAUGUGUUCACCAUCAUUUCGCCAUUUGUGCCGAAUACCAAAAACAAAGUCAUUUUCUGAUACACCUUACAAAGACCUGCUUGCUUCUUUCAUUACAAAGUACUCAAUUAAAAAGUAGCUUACAUUUUUUGAUAUUCAUAGUAGUGAAUGUUGAGAACAUUUUUUAAGUUGUAUUAGGUUAAUAAAAUUAUAUUUUUUUCCAAGUGACUAAUAAU